AACACAAAAUAAGUGGGAGAAAGAAAGAAAGAGUGUUGAAAUAAGCUUGUCUCAUUUAAAUGAGAAUGAAGAAGGAACAAUUGAGGAAGAAGAUUAGAAAUCUAGGCAUUGAAAUGGAGAGAGGAGCAACCUACGUAUGAGAAGAAGAUGAAGAUUCCAUUAGUCAUGUGUGGAGCACGUGAUCAUAAAAUAAAAGGAAAUAAUCUUAUUUAAGUAAGAAUAGGAAAUAGUUAAUUUCGCAUAUUUUGACUAGAAGUUUUCCUUUAAUUCUAUAAAGCUUUUGCUAAGCUCAUAUGAGAAUGACACAGAUCAAUAAAAUUUUUUUUUUCAAACCAGAAAUCCUAACAAAGAGUCUCCCUCUUGAGUCUUUAAGUCAUGCAGCUCAAAUCAUCAUCUUCUACUUUAUCACCGUCCAUGAAACUCAAAACCCGGAUCCAAAAUCUCCUCGCACACCCUCUCUACCGUUUCCUUAGAGCUGUCUCUAGAGCUAAAUCAGUAUUUCUAGAGAUCUUUAAACACAAAAACAAGAAACUAAAGCUCACUAUGUUUUAUCCAAGAAAGGCUUCAAAGAAUCAACGCAAGAUCUAUUUCGGAUCGUUUAGGUUUCACUACAACUGGUGUUCUUCUGAUGUUGUUCCUGUCCCUCAGCCUUUCCCUUUUUCUGUCUCUGACAUCAAUGGUGGAGAAUAUGAUGAGUCUCAGCUCUCUGGCUACCUCGAGUGGCUGGAGCACAAGAAGGUGGAUGAUUUGGAAGAGAUCAGAGAUGUUGGAGUAGUGGAUGAUAAUAAUGAUAUUAAUCAUUUGGCAGAUAUGUUCAUCGCUAAUUGUCAUGAGAAGUUCUUGCUCGAGAAGGUCGAAUCUUACAGAAUGUUUCAAGAAACGUUAGAAAGGGGUUUGUGAAAUAUCAGAGGCGAAACAUAGAUUUUGACUUUUGUCUCAUUCGCUAAUAAUCAUGUUGUAAAAUCUUCGCUAGCUUGAUUUGAUGAUAAUAUAUAUUGCCAAAAGGUGGUGAUAGUGUAUCUUGAAAGUUUUGGGGGGUAAUGUGUGAGAAGUGAAACUUUGGGGGUAGUAGUGAAACAUGAUAAUAUAAUAAGAAUUACUAUUGCUGUCCAUCUAACUGGGUACAUUUAGUUAAGUUGUGAGUUUUGAUUAGUGUUUCGUAAACUGCAUCCAACUUGCAUAUUACUUAAUUAUGCUCAAUCUUGAGAAAAUUUUAAGAGAUUAAUUAAACGACGAUGUGAUAAAUUAGAACUACAGGUGAUUUUUCAGAAGAAACAAAAAAGAAUUACAAAAGAUAUAAUUGAAAUUUGAAAGACAAGAAAAUACCUUUGUUAAAACUUAAAACCAAAACAGAAUUAAAAAUGGACAUAGGUAAUGCAUGAUGGUACACUAAAACAUCUUUUUUUUUGAAUGAAUUUUAAAUUUUAUUCAUCAAAAGCCUUGUUACAUCUUUGUGUAAACCUAUUUAAGUACAGAAAAACUCAUAACUCAAAGAAAACUUACACUCCUCUUUUAAACUCUAGUUUGAAACCAAAAUUGAAUGGCACACUCCAUGCCUCUCCUCCUUCUUGUACUCAACAGACUGAACUUGUUUCUUAGAGCAUGCGCAACGGGAAUCCUUAAGUGAGAAUCCUUAGGGAAAAAAUAAUUAAAUAAUCAGUGGAUCCCACCAAAAGCUAAGGAUUCAAUCCUUAAAAUUCCUAAAUAAAGACUCUUUCUUAGUGAAUCCUUGCACUAUUUGCGGGUCCCCACGACUACGUGGCGGCCCGUGAAUGGUCAUCGUUUUUUUUUUUUUUUUUU